GCCCUGGCGGUAAGUCAGUUGAUAAAAUCACCUCGGCACUACAAUAUACAUCGCAGAGAGAGCCGUCGUCGCGUUUUCAGAUACUUAAAUACUGAAUCUCAAUCACCGGAAAUCCCCCACAGAAUAGAAUCUCCCUCAUAAUGUAUCCCUUCGGAUCCGGAAUGCCAUCGCACCCGCACCCCUCCUCCACUAACGAGCCGCCGCGAGCGCCCUUUGGAGCUGGUUGGGUGCCACCGAUGCAGCAGAACUCGCCAUACCCCCCGCCCCCCCAGCCACACGCCCACCCACAGCACCACCACCACCAGCAGCAGCAACAAUAUCCCGGUGGUGCACCCUAUCCACCAAUGUCGGCACCUUACCCGGCCGCUCCUUCCCAUUCGAGUCCUUAUGCCACUUCCAGUCCCUAUCCCAGUUCGAAUCCCUAUCCUUCACAAUUCGCUCCUCCGGUGCAACAUCAUCAGCAACCGACGAACAGUCCCUAUCCGCCGGAUCGUGGAUAUACACCGGCCAUGACAGCCGGCUAUGAUGCGGGCUUUGGCCACGGAAACGGACAAGGACAAGGACACGGACAAGGACAAGGAUACGGACAAGGACAUGGACAAGGACAGGGUUACGGGCAUGGACAGGGGCAUGGGAAUGGUCAGGGGCACGCGCAUCGGUCACUCACAGCUCACAGAGAGGGAACUCCAACUGUGGUGGCCGCGCAAGGAUUCGAUCCCGUGAAGGAUGCCCACGAUUUGCGCAAGGCGAUGAAGGGCUUCGGCACGGAUGAGAAUGCCCUGAUCAACAUCAUUUGCCGGCGGACGAACGAGCAGCGCCAGGAGAUCCAGCGUCAGUACAAGACGCACUUCGGCAAGGACCUCAUCGAAGACAUCAAGUCGGAGACGAGCGGCAACUUCGAGAAGCUCCUCGUCGGCCUGCUGCGUCCCAUCGUCGAUUACUACUGCGCCGAACUGAACGAUGCCAUGGCAGGCUUGGGCACCGACGAGGAGGUCCUCAUCGAGAUCCUCUGCACGCUGUCCAACAUGGAGAUCUACACGAUCAAAAACCAGUACUUACGACUGUACGGUGCCCAUCUGGAGUCGGAACUAAAGUCGGAGACCUCGGGCAACUUCAAACGGCUGCUCACCUCGUUGUGCACGGCGGCGCGGGACGAAAGUGGCCGUGUGGAUCCAGUUGCGGCCAAAAACGAUGCCAGGGAGCUGCUCAAAGCCGGCGAACUGCGUGUCGGCACCGAUGAGAGCAUGUUCAACAUGAUCCUCUGCCAGAGGAACUACCAGCAGUUGAAAAUGAUAUUCCAAGAGUACGAGGGCAUGACUGGCCACUCGCUGGAGAAGGCCAUCAAGAAGGAGUUCUCGGGCGACGUGAUGGAGGGUCUGAUUGCCAUCUACCGAUGUGUCACAAACAAGGCCGACUACUUUGCCUCGCGUUUGCACAAGUCGAUGGCUGGAAUCGGCACCAAUGACACCCAGUUGAUCCGUGUGAUUAUCACGCGGUGCGAGAUCGAUAUGCAUGAUAUCAAGGUGGCUUUUGAACGACUGUACGGCAAGUCCUUAAAGAGCUGGAUCAAGGGCGAUACUUCGGGCCACUACAAGCACGCUCUUUACGCCCUCGUUGGUGAACAGCGCUCAUCUUAAGAUCCAUCCCAUAUUCAAUAUUCAAACCAAAUCGAACUUGAAUUCAAUUAUUCGAAUACGUAUUAUCUUUUCUAUGUAUUCGAUCAUUUACAUACAUACAACAUACACGCCAAGGGAGCCAAAACAAUGAAAAUGACCCACUUUGUGGACUUUAAGUGCUCACAGAUAUUACCUGAAAACGGGAACUAAAAUCCCACAUCCUCUCGACAAUUUGAUACCUCUUAAAAAGAUGAAAAGGCCAACGGUUAGCAAGUGUUGUGUUUGUUUUAUUGAAAGACCUUUGUAUUUAAAAGCGCUCGUAAAGACAACAAUUAUGGAAGUUCCUCUCGUCUCACUUGCUUCUCGUUUGGACGAUGAACAAUUUGCUAAAUAUUUUAUUAAGUAUACAACUACAGUGCAAUAAACAAAUAAAAACUAAACAUUUAAACAUUUAAUUCAAUUUCCAUCUAUGGACUUCGUCUCACGAGUGCCUCAACGUAACUUUAUUGCCUACUUCACAAAUAGCAUUUAAAACUGCAAAGCAUACACUGAAAACAAAACUAUAUGAUAUAUACGCGUAUUGAACAGAAUCGAUUUGUAUUCACUUAUACACUAUACAUUAUCUCGUUUUUGUAAGCGGGUUUUUAACUGCUAGUUCGCUCUCAAUGGAAUAAAUUAUUAUACAUGUGUGUAUUACAAAA